CUUAAUUUUAGACCAGACGGGGCAAUAAACCCAAUCUGGCCUGGACUAAAUGGACACCACAGUGCACACUGGGAAAUACACUGCACUGAAUGCAAAAAGACGGACUAAUAAAUAAACAUAAUCAGAAACACUAAUGAAAGUUAUCCCAAAUGGCACCUUCCCUGCAGAUUCCUAUUUGAAUCUCUUGCAGAGAAGCCCACUAUGUGUUAGUCAUGAUCAGCCUCCCUGUGAGAGGAGUGGAAACAACAAAAGGCACCCCCUGCAGUAGUAGAGAUCUAAUAUUGGCACUCGAAGCAGCUGGCAGGCUGUCUCCUGUAAUUUUAGCGCACACUGAUGCAGAGGAAAGAUUUAAUGGGCAUUGGUCGGCGUACCUUCUUGUGAGGGCGUAAAGGAGACAGAGCAGAGCGAGCAGAGAGGGAGGGGAGCAGAGGAGGGAGAGGACAGUGAGGAGAGAGGGAGAGAGAGAGUGAGAGAGAGAGGGAAAGGCAGCGUGUGAGGGCUGCUGUGGCUCAGAAAUAAAGUCAGGCAACUAUCUGGAGCAGCAUGACUCUUCUAACACUUGGACUGUAUCUGCCACUGUGGUUUUGUUAUGGUCUGGCUCAAUCCUCUUUUCUGGACAGCUUUAUUUCAUUCCCAGCGGCUCUCAGAUCCCAGGAGCAGCAGAGGAGAUUCAGCCCAUGCUGUUUACUGAGUCCGCCUCCACCCCCACUGUUUCCUCCACCCCCUUCACUUUGGCGCCGCCACGCUCAUAAUGAGGACAUUUCACAUGGUGGUGGUGACUCAGAAUCGGGCAAUGGGGACAAAGGUUUUGCCUGCAUCCAAGGCCCCCGCGGGCCUCCUGGUCCCCCUGGACCUCAGGGUCCACCUGGAUUACCAGGGAUAGGAGGGCCUAAGGGAGAAAAGGGAGAAAUCGGAAGACCUGGGCAAAAGGGUCGGACAGGUCCUCCUGGGCUUCCUGGGAAGCAGGGACCAGCUGGGUGGCCUGGACCAAGUGGGCCCAAAGGUGAGAAAGGUGACGUGGGGCUGAUGGGUUUGCCCGGAGCCAGAGGACAAAUUGGGCCAAGGGGUUUACCUGGGUAUAAAGGGGAAAAGGGCUCUCGAGGUGAUCGUGGGGAGAGUGGAAUGAAAGGCGACAAGGGUGCGAUGGGUUUCCCAGGAAUGCUUGGACAGAAAGGUGAAAUGGGUCCAAAAGGAGAACCUGGGAUCUCAGGAAACAGAGGACCCACUGGCCGACCCGGGAAGAGAGGCAAGCAGGGAAUGAAAGGAGACACAGGCAGUGUUGGUCCAAUGGGACCUGCAGGUCCACAGGGAACUCCAGGCCACCCCGGUCCUCCUGGUUCACCUGCCACAGGACUCUACAUGGUUGGAACAAAGGGUGCACGUGGUCCACCUGGGCCUCCUGGAAAGUGUAACUGCGGCUCUCUUAGUAAUGCUCCAUUUGAUGAUUAUCCUUCCAGAGGAAACUAUCCCAAAGUGCCAGCGAUAUUCGUCGUGAGCAAUGAGGAAGAACUGGAGCGUCUUCACACAGAUAACGCUCUCGCAUUCCGCAAAGACCAGAGAUCUCUCUAUUUCAAAGACAUUGAUGGCUGGCUGCCAAUCCAGACUUUUCCAUUCCAGCUGACGCCGUUCCAGUCCAUGGAAAACGCACCUGAUGAUGAAGGUUACUGUGGUGACGGGAUAGUGCAGAUUUCCAAUGGAGAGGAGUGUGACGACAGGAACAGAGUCGUCACUGAUGGCUGUGUCAAGUGUAAACACGCAUACUGUGGAGACGGAUACCGUUAUGAGGGGGCUGAGGAGUGUGAUGGAAAGGACUUUGGAUACCAGACAUGUAAUUCAUAUCUUCCAGGGUCAUAUGGUCACCUCAAGUGCACACCACACUGUGUUAUUGACUCCACAAACUGCAAGUACUUCACUUGAGGAGGAAGCUGGACGGUGCAGCAGGAUCCUCUGUGUGUUAUUUGGAAUAUUUUCAUGCAAAAAAAAGAACAAUAAUGCUCCAAGCAAGAGACUCUGAAGGUAGAGGCAGCCAGUGAUGAAAGAAAAAAAACAAAUCGUAUAUACAGUAUAUCUAUAACUCCUCUGUAUUGCUGCUGAGAUGCCACGUCGCUCCCUGGAGUUAUAGUGGAGGCGAAAGCCUUCACCCACACAUAGGAAAUGCACAGGACAACUGCACUCAGUCUUAACAAGCAGGACUUAAGACUGGCCUCCUCACCAUGAAUCAGCCUCUGGAUGCAACAGUUGUGUGACAGCCAUGCAGAGACUUAAUUAAGUGCCAGUGGGAGAAGUUGCAGAGGAGCUGUAUUGGGGCCAGAGGCGUAUUAAUCUUGACCCAGUUACUGUUGAGAAAGAGAGGCAGUAGGACAUCCAGAGCCAUGGCCUCAGGUAUGACAGUGCACAGCAUUUGCAUGAGGCUGGGAUUACUGAGACCAUGACAGCAGCUGUCACUAUCCGAGCAUGUAACCCAUCACUUUACUUAUUAUUGCCAACAAGGCUCUCAGUGUCACAUCAAGAAUUUAAGUUGUAAAGGGUAAAACCAGGCAUAGUAAGAUCAAUAUGCAUGGUUAGGGAUGGAGACAGAGGUGCGUGAAUUAUGCACUUACAUGUCAGUGAGACUGUUAUAUCAGGAGGCUUCAUUAGCUUGUGGUGGUGCUUGACAGGGACAUUCAGUCAGAACAAGGUUUCAUAAAUCCAAAAAAAAUAAACUUCUCAGGAACCAACAGGUCAUGUAGCUCCACACGGCACCUUUCACAGGCAUCCCCCACUACUCUCUUUGUAAAUAAGAUGGCAGUGACUGUACGCUGAAGCACACUCAAAACAAGAGCUUUAAAGUAUCGACAACGCGCAAUCCUCUAGGAACGAUCUGGGUUUCUUCCCUGUGCUUCAGUGAGAGAUGACAUAUUCUGUAUAUGAAGGCUUGAAACUGUUAUGUUCUUAAUGUUCUCACUGCACAGGAGAGGCUGGGGAAGUCUGUAGCUGCUAACGAUGGGAGGAAUUUCAAUUCCAGUCUGUUUCUGUGGUCCUUACUGUAUUUACUCUAAUACCUCUUUAUCCAGUCCUUCUGUCUUACAGCAUAUACAGCAACAGAGAAACUCAACAGUAAACUUAACAGUGUAGAUGUAGUCUGCUGCGUGUUGGGCACCGGUGGUGAAAACGACUUUGCCGAUAUAAGCUGACAUUUUCCAUAAGCUACUGUAUGAGUCGCAGUGCCAAGGGAGAACCUGUUCUCAGCCAUACUUACAUGUAGCCAGGUGUUAUGAGGUGAUUCUUCUGUAAAAAGCAAUUUAAAGAUAAAGACUGUUACUAUAUCGUCUCCGCAUGCUUGAGUGUGAAAUGCUUCCACUUUGUUUUGUAUAAUUCAUCGCAUUCAUCAGCAUAGCAGGUGUCUUAAGAAGUCUUGCUCUGCCCAGAGUGUAGCUAAGUACUGUAUGUGUGACACCCCUUAUAUGAUAGAGAUGAACUGUGCCAUGCACAAUGCUGAAAUAACCUUUUGGAAACUGUGUUGAAUGUUCUGUCUGUGCUGCUGUGCUGUAUCCUGUACUGUGUAUGCACAUCAAUGCUGAAACAUAACAUGCAUGUGGUAACGUACUGUGAGGCUUUAGAAAUAUAGUGUACACUGUGACUGGGAUAGUGAAAGUUCAUUUUGUUCCAUGAUUAUAUGAUUUAUAUAGUAGUUGUGGAUAACUUUAAAAAAAGAACUGAAAAUAAAACAGGAAUUUAAAUCAUUCAAAGCUCCCUACUUUGUCUUACACACAUGCAUCUUUAAACUUCAGUCAGGGGGUUUUCUGUGGCUUUGCUGCCAGUGUGUUGUGAGCAAGUGGUGACAGUGAUUGGAAGCUGUGCAAAAAAG